AUGCAUGGAAGGAAAUCUGUGGUCUUUCUAAGUGGAAUUUUUCGGUUGUAUGACCUUGAUAACGACGGUGCCUUACGGCCAGCUGAGCUAGAUGACUUGUUUCAAACUGCUCCAGAAAGUCCUUGGCUUGAGGCUCCUUAUAAGGAUGCAGCAGUGAAAACGCCGGGUGGAAACUUGACAAUUAAUGGGUUCCUAUCUGAGUGGGCUCUAAUGACUACACUUGAUCCACGUCGAAGUUUGGCUAACUUGAUAUACAUCGGAUAUGGUCGCGACCCAGCUUCAGCACUUUGCGUUACAAGGAAGAGAUCAGUGGAUCGUAAGAAGCAACACACAGAACGGACUGUUUUCCAAUGCUUUGUAUUUGGCCCUAAAAAAUCUGGGAAGUCUGCUCUUCUUGAUUCAUUCUUAGGAAGGAAAUUUUCGGACAGCUAUAACCUGACAACAGGUGAGCGGUAUGCUGCAAACACUGUUGAGCAGCCUGGGGGUACUAAAAAGACUCUCAUAUUGCGUGAAAUACCGGAAGACAGAGUUAAAGAGUUCCUAGCAAAUAGAGAAUCUUUGGCAGCAUGUGAUGUCGCUGUAAUUGUGUAUGACAGUUCAGAUGAAUACUCAUGGAAAAAAUCAAGGGAUAUAUUGAUGGAGGUAGCGAGAAGAGGUGAAGAGAGUGGUUAUGGGACACCGUGUCUUCUUGUUGCAGCCAAAGAUGAUUUAGAUCCAUAUCCAUUGUCGGUGCGGGACUCAGAUAUGGCUUGCCUGGAGUUGGGAAUGGAUGUCCCUAUUUCGUUAAGCAUGAAACUAGGGGAUCCGAAUAGUUUAUUCUCUAGGAUCGUGAGUACAGCAGAGAACCCUCAUCUGAGCAUUCCUGAGACGGAGUCUGGAAGAAGAAGCAAGCAAAUCCGUCAAAUUGUUAAUAGCUCACUUAUAUUUGUCUCAGUUGGUACGGCCAUAGGAGUUGCUGGGUUAGCAGCUUACCGUGCGUAUUCUGCCAGGAAGAAUACUUGAUAAAGGUGUUUUCUUCUUCCAUGACUCCGCCACUAUGUUGGCUCCGUUAUCUUUUGCUUCUAUGGCAGAAGUGUGCCGCUGCUUGCUAGACUCCUGCAGCUGGCUUUUUUUUAUAAAAAAAAGUGGCAUCCUUUUGCAUUCAGUCUGCGGUAAAAUGGGUAUGCAUUGCAACAGGUGCAUAAAUAAGGUUGGUUUGUUGAAAGUUUGGAUUGAAUCUUGGGAGGUCUUACGCGUCAACCUCGUGUAUUUUUGUUUUUGGUUGUGAUGGCAAACACAUUGUAUUGAACUUUGAUGCUUGAAUGUGAAGCUGCUCAUGUCAUAUCA